CAUUCCCGCCCUGCCCCGCGCCUCGCGUCCCCGCCCCGCCGCCCCGGGCAUCGCCGCGCUGCGGUGUGGCGGCGGCGGUGUGGAGAUGGCGCUGGAGGCGCGGCGGAUGGAGGGCGACGUGGAGGACGGCGAGCUCUCCGACUCGGACUCCGACAUGCUCGGAGCCGGCUCCCCGGGGGGCCAGCAGCAGAAAUCGCAUGAUGGCAGUAAUUCAGGCAGACCUUUCCAGAGCAGCAUUUCGUCCUGUGCACCAAGCGUUCCUUAUCGAACAACCAAAAGUGUGGAUUCAAGUGAUGAAAGCUUUUCUGAAUCUGAUGAUGACAGCUGUCUGUGGAAACGAAAACGACAGAAAUGUUUCAACCUUCCUCCUGCUAAGUCUGAGCCUUUUCCACUUAGCCAGAGCCACCAGAAACAAACUGCUCUAGGUGGUAAGAAGGUCAACAAUAUUUGGGGUGUUGUGCUCCAGGAGCAGAAUCAGGAUGCAGUGGCUACUGAACUUGGGAUUCUAGGAAUGGAUGGUAGUAUUGACAGAAGCAGGCAGUCUGAGACUUACAAUUAUUUAUUGGCUAAAAAGCUGAUGAAGGAAGCUCAGCAAAAGGAGGCAGAGACGUUAGAUAAAGAACUGGAUGAAUACAUGCAGGAUGACAAGAAAACAGCGCCAGCAGAAGAAGAAAACGGACAAGGCUUUCUCAAACGGAAGCGACCUGUAAAAGAUAGACUGGGUGAAAGACAAGAAAUGAAAUAUAAAGGAAGGUAUGAAAUAACAGAAGAAGAUUCAGAGGAAAAAGUGGCAGAUGAAAUAGCUUAUCGCCUUUGUGAACCAAAGAAAGAUUUAAUUGCCCGAGUAGUGAAAAUAAUUGGAAAGCGAAAAGCCAUUGAACUGCUCAUGGAAACAGCUGAAGUGGAACAAAAUGGUGGACUGUUCAUAGUGAACGGUACCAGGAGGAGAACACCAGGGGGUGUUUAUUUAAACCUGCUGAAGAAUACACCCAGUGUCAAAGAAGAACAAAUCAAGGAAAUAUUCUAUCUGGAAAACCAAAAGGAGUAUGAAAACAAAAAAGCUGCUAAGAAGAGGAGAAUACAAGUUCUGGGAAAGAAGAUGAAAAAAGCCAUUAAAGGGCUUAACCUGCAAGAAUACGAUGAUGCAUCUCGUGAGACUUUUGCUAGUGAUACAAAUGAGGCUUUGGCUUCUCUGGAUGACUUACAGGAUGGACACCAUGAAGCAAAGAUGGAACCUGAAGAUAUUAUAGAAAUUGAUAAUGCUCAUGAUUUGGAGAUCUUUUAGUUCACAGUGAUAACAAAGUCUAUGAAACACAUUAAAUGAGUGUUUCUUAUUAUCCCAUGACUUCAUGUUUUCGUAAGUUGCAGAAACAUGGGAAACAUUCGAUGGUGAAGAAAGUGACACAAUUCUUAGCUAAGUUUAACAGCAUGGAACAUGUUAGUUGUCCUGUUACUUGUUUGCUAAGUCUUCAAAAACUGUUAAGAUUUUUCUAGAUAACAACUGCAUCACUGUGUUUGUCCCUUAAGAACUUCUUUCUAGCCAUGCAUUAAAUUUAGGCAUUAAGUCUGUUUCAACCAAAUACAUCCUACUAAAUCUGCUGAAGCUAACAAAGUUGCCAUCAAGUGGGGGAUAUUCUUAAUUACAGUUGGACAGAAACACUAGUAUAAAAUCAGUCUUGGUGUAAAAGAUCCUGUGGUCUUAGUGUGACGUGAGUUGACAAGAAUAGCAGUGUUUAUAGUGUUAAGACCUGUAAAAGAGAUGGGCUUGCGAAAUUAACCAAAUUUUCAUAGCUACUGACUUUUUGAUAACAACCGUGUAAAUAAGUACUGUUGAACAAUGGAUGUUGUAAAUUUCUGCAGAAGUUCACUCCAUUUUAUAAUAGUGGUUUGAGCUUCCAACUUGUUCUGUCUAAGCUGAAUCCACAGAAAACUUAUACAGAUCUUUUUGUUCUAAAACUCAAGUGAAUUCUUUCUGAGCAGAAAUUUAAUUUGUGUUCCCCUUGAGGAUCUGUAAGCUCUACGUGCAGGUAUGAAUAUUGCAAUUCUUGUCUCCAUGCUUUUUCUCAUGUGCAGUAGAAUGAAGCAAUGUGCAGCUUGCAAAAAUUCAGAAGUUUUUCUUUGCCUGAAUCUUAAGAAAAUAAUAGUAUGCAAAAGAUAAUUUUUACUUGAUGCAGAAGACUGUUGUGUAGUUCAUAAGUUUGAAGAUAACUUUUAUGUUGAACAUUGUUUUUAAUAUAAUCGAAGAACAUUUCCAACACUGAUAUGUAUGAUAUCUACAUACUUGGUCACUAAUAAGUUGUGUUUUCUGUGAAUAUACGCUAUUUUUCAGUAUAAAA